AUGGCCCUUGGGACCUCUCCGCCCUCUGCAGGUGACGGCGCCUACUCCUCCAAGCUCCUCGACACGCUGCGCCUCGUGGUGCGUUCAGGCGGCGGCGCAAGCAGCAGCAGCAGCGGUGGUCGUGAGGUGGCCGCGCGGGGUCAAUCGCGCUGGAGCCGCGCCAUCCUCGCCCGCCAGCGCCGGCGCCGCCGCCGCAGCAGGCCGGGGACGUCGCUGCUGGUGAGCAAGACCCGGGCGCUGGGAAGGCUGGUGCUCGGGUGCCGGAGGCUGUCGUUGCUCCCUGCGUUGCUGGCCGAGGUGUCCGACGACUACAUUGCGGCGCUCCAGAUGCAGGUGCGCGCCAUGAACCGGCUCACGCAGGGCAUCGAGGAGGUCGGCGGCGGCGUGAUCAUUCACAUUUUUAAAAACUAG